AUGUCUGAUGGAGGAGCCGGUGCCUGCAUUGGGAAGGAGGAGGCGAGCGUGGUGCUGCCGGAUGCUGAGCCCGAGGAUGAGCGUUGCAUCCGAGCCUUGAGAGAAGGGGAGGCGCCAUGCUCUGCCAGCAGCAGACUGGGAGGGUCCCGCUGCAAGCCCGAGAGCGAGCGGCCCCGGGACAGGCGAGCGGCCGCGAUGUGCACCCCGAGCAGCGGCCCCGCUCUGCAGGGCGAGCCGGCGCAGCGCCCCCCGGCCGGGCGAACCUCAGGCGAGAGGCUGCGGCUGGAGGACGCCGCUUUCCCCGCCCCCCUGGGAGCCCUCUCCCUGCCCCCCGGCAUCAUCAUCAUGACCGGCCCCCUGCACUCGCCCGCGGCUCUGGCGGCUGUGACCGCCAGCCUGCCCGACUGCACUCUGCUCGCUCCCCCGGCCCCCGGUGCGGGUCCGGGACCAGCGCCGGCCAAGAGGAAGAGGAAACGGUGCGGGCUCUGCUCGCCCUGCAGGAGGCUCAUCAACUGCGGAGAGUGCAGCAGCUGCCGGAACCGCAAAACCGGGCACCAGAUCUGCAAGCUGCGGAAGUGCGAGGAACUGAAGAAAAAACCGGGCUCUUCACCAGAGAGGGUAAUCGUCCCCGGUGGAGGGGAAGCUUUCAGGUGGUUCUUCUGAGAGAAACCAAGGAACUCCUCACAGUCUCAUGAAACACGAUUUGCCUCACGAGUGGAGAACCAGUUCUACAUGUGUUCCCGAUACAAGGCACAAGUUUUAUGCCAAUGGUUCCUAUUUGUUAUUAUAGUGGACAUGGUAGUUUUUAAGCAUCUUUGGUUUUAUGUGAAAACUACAUGCUGGUAUUAUUAGGAAUGAAUUGUACAAAAAUGCAACUUGUAUUGUGCGAUGGAGAGAACUGGACAAUCAUUAUAAUAUGUUACACAUUUGUGGCCAGUGUUCAUUUUAAAAAAAACUUGUCUUAAAAGAUGGGGAUUUAGCAAUGACCUGCAGUGCAGUUGUGUCGAUGAUGAGCAUGAUUUGUGAGCUUGUGAAGGAUAUAACAAUUUUGUUGUGUGUCAAUUCUUUUACUCCUGGGUUUCUACGACGUUUGGAUUUUCUUUGCAUGUUCCCAGUUGUUGCUCGUCCAACCUAUUAUCAGCUUCUUCUUCAUAUUAACUGAUUGAAGAAGCUAACAAGGGUAUUAUAAUGCUAUUUGGAUUUCAAGGUUGUGGACUUUUUGAAUAAUACAUGAAUAGUAAAGACCAUUCUGUUAAGUACAGAAAGAUCCACGGUCGGGUUAAUAGAGGAAGCUGCUGUUUGUAAAGAAAUCCCCCUGAUCUCAAAGCCUGCAUUUAACAGAUUCUUUUUUCACUUUCUUUUGUUUAAGAAAUUACAUUUUGGUGAUCAUAGAGGGCAAUUGGGCUUUUUAGAAUCUGCCAUUGUAAGCUCUUUGGUGCAGCACGGUGGCACAGUGGUUAGCACUGCUGCCUCACAGCGCCUGAGACCUGGGUUCAAUUCCCGACUCAGGCGACUGACUGUGUGGAGUUUGCACGUUCUCCCCGUGUCUGCGUGGGUUUCCUCCGGGUGCUCCGGUUUCCUCCCACAGUCCAAAGGUGUGCGGGUCAGGUGAAUUGGCCAUGCUAAAUUGCCUGUAGUUUUAGGUAAGGGGUUAAUGUAGGGGUAUGGGUGGGUUGCGCUUCGGCGGGUCGGUGUGGACUCGUUGGGCCGAAGGGCCUGUUUCCACACUGUAAGUAAUCUAAUCUAAUCUAAUCAGGAAUUAGCAACUGAUUUUUGAGGCACUUAGGUGCGGAUGUCGGCAAAAGCUUCCCCUUCUGCUUGGAAGAAAAUGUGCACUAGUCAAGGAAAGUUCAGGUUGCAGUUGUUUCGUGUACAGCGCCACUCCACCCCCUCACUCCCCCAACUGGUUUGAUACUUCGGGUGACAGUUAUCACUUAUCCCUCACUUUUAAUGAGUACUCGACAUAUUCACCAAACUCAGAAACAACUUUGCUUUUCCUGCAGUCUUCCCUGAAUCGGGGGAUUGUUUUGAAUUUAAGCAAAAUCAAAAUAAUUUUGUUGGUGCAAUCUGCUUGAUUUCAAUCAAAGUUUUGUACGGAUAAAUUCCAGUUUUUUAUUCAUUCCGUCAGUUGCUUACAAACAGAUAGGAGUUGAGGUUCUGGUCAAAAGGUGAAAUGAAGCUGAAAUCUGAAUUAAAGUGGUUGGUGCUGGAGGGUCGACGUCCCGAAAUGUUGCAUCUCUAAAGGGUGCUCAGUAAAUGAUGCUGCUCUGUAUUUUAGCUUCUCCUGCUUUUAUUUAUUCAGUCUGUUUAUGUCUCGGCCACUGGGCACCUUUGCAAUAACAGCCUGCAGAUGCACGUUUGUGGCCGAAGUUGCAUGCUAUGUUGGUACUUCUCAAUCUAUUUUUUUGCCUUUGACAACGUUAUAGUUGAAACCAGUCGUUGCUAAAUGUGGAUUUGUAGCCUGUCACUGGCCCAUCCAGGCUGCAUCCGGAUGUCUGUGUGGUUUUGUUUUAUCAAUCUAAAACUAUUUUUGUAACUGACUUUGUGAGUAGUUUA